AUGAAGAAGGUGGAAUCAUGGUCGGCAGCAGAUGUUUCUAAUUGGCUGAGCAGAGAGGGGAUGCCAGAGUAUGCAGACGCUCUCACUCAGAUAGACGGGCCCGCUCUGCUCAGGCUCACCAAGGCAGAUUUUAAUGUGCCUCCCCUCUCACGAGUGUCAUCCGAUGGCGGACAGCGGCUACUGGAGCAGAUGGAAAUACUGCGGAUUGAGACCCAUUUGGAGGAUCAUAAAAACGGUCACGCCAACGGGCACUUAGUGGGGAUCCCCAAUGGAACUAGUAAGGUGCAGAGGAACGGCACUCCGGGGAGGAAAGACUUUAAACAGGAGAUGAUCCACAUUCCUAUGCCAACAAUAGAACCCACUCGCUCCUCAUUCCCUACAGAGUGGGGGAAGACAGGCAUAGGAUUCAUCUAUGCUGUGGUCUGCUUCGUCACCACCAGUGUUGUCAUUUCAGUGGUCCAUGAAAGAGUUCCUCCGAAAGAGCUGACCCCACCUCUGCCUGAUAAGUUUUUCGACCUGUUUGACAGGCGCGAGUGGGCUUUCUCCAUCUGUGAGAUAAAUGGCAUGCUGCUGGUGGGACUGUGGCUGAUACAAUGGACUCUUCUCAAGCACAGAUCAAUAAUAGGCAGGAGGUUUUUCUUCAUUGUGGGAACACUCUACCUGUACCGAUGUAUCACAAUGUAUAUCACUACUCUUCCGGUUCCUGGGAAGCACUUUAAAUGCUCACCAAAGCUACUCGGCGACUGGGAAGCACAGACGAGAAGGAUCAUGAAAAUGAUCGCCGGUGGCGGCCUCUCCAUCACAGGCUCCCACACCAUGUGUGGAGAUUAUCUUUAUAGUGGCCACACCGUCAUGUUGACGCUCACGUUCCUCUUCAUCAAAGAAUAUUCCCCGAGGCGUUUCUGGUGGUACCACUGGAUCUGCCUGGCGCUGAGCGCCGUCGGGAUUUUCUGCAUCCUUCUGGCCCACGACCACUACACUGUGGACGUGGUCGUGGCUUACUUUAUCACUACACGCCUCUUCUGGUGGUACCACACCAUGGCCAACCAACAGUCACUGAAGGAGACCUCACAGAACAACAUGUUUGCACGGGUGUGGUGGUACAGACUCUUCCAGUAUUUUGAAGAGAACGUGAACGGCACAGUUCCUCGGAAUUACCAGCUGCCUCUCUCACUGCGGGCGUUGCACUGGAACCGGGGCAUGAAGUACAGCCGACUGGACACCCAGUGACCCCUGUCUAUCUGAGUUAGGCUAGGACUGUGACUCAAACAAGUGCUAUAUAUAUAUAUAUUUUUUAAUCCAUGAAAGAUGGCACCUUAGCGCCAUCUUCUUCACUCUUACUAACAGGAGUAUCCCAGUCUAAAUGGGUAGCACUGUGACUGUCUAGACAGUUUUAUUAUCCUUCUGUUGUCCAUUUCAGCAGGUUUUUGUAAGCACACUAAUUUAUUUUUUAUUUCAACUUUAUUAUGACUCAAACAUUUCUGCUGUUCUAUCAUUUCAAAGAACUCUUAAACCUCCUUUCUUUUUUGGCACAAAAGCCUCAAUCAUUUCAUUAUUCUAGAUUUCUAGUUCAGUUGGCGUCAAACAGAUGCUUAUUUGAGAACCAAAAUGCCAUAAGCAUUUAGCUUUUUUUUUUUUUUGGUUGGUUUUUAAGCGACUUACUUUUGCUUAACUGUUCUUGCUGAAAUGUCUCAAAGGUGCAGAAGAUAUUUUUUCUAAAUAUAUCAAAGUUUAUUUUUCAAGAGAGAAUUACGAUUCUCCGGCUAAAGAUUUUUAGAUUUUUAGCUUUUUCAAAGAUGGAUAGCGGAAAGCGUAAACAUUUCAUGUGAUCUAACUUUAACCCAGUGCCUUCCUUAGCCUGAUUGUCAAACAGUUAAAAGUACAAAAUGUGUGGUUGUCCUAACCCCCCCCCCCCC